CGGAUAAACGUUUUCAAAUUACUACGUGUAUUGACGUUGUUGCACUUGUCAGCAGAGAAGCAUCAUGGGCUGUGCAUCGUCUGCUGCUACUAGCGAGAAAGACAAAGAAUCGUACCUUGUUCAAUCUGAUGACGAGAAGGCUGACGAAGAACUUUCGGAGGCGGAGACACACGACAAUGGUGACUCUGUCUUGAAUGUGGGAUCACCGCAUUCUGCCAUAUGCAAUGGCUUGACGAAUGACGUGUUUGUAUUCCGUGAUCAAGCCAGUCCAGAGUCUUGUUUCGAGGAGAUGUCGAGCUUGUCAGCUGACGCAGCUCAUGAUCACGUGCAUACUGACAAAAUAGACAUUGAUGUUCACGAGGACUUCUUUAACGAAUUUGGUGACAACUUUGAUGAAACUGAAGACUUCAACUUAAUAAGCUACAAGUGAAAACAGUGUAUAUGCUCACUGCUGCUAUUCCCUUGCGUGUGACUACAAAUAAGAGGAGAUGAGACAAAGUGUCAGUGAAGUAGAGCGACUCCAUGAAGGCAAAGCGAAACAAAACCUUUAGUCAUGAAUUGCAACAGAGCAACUUUUUAUGUUAAAGUGAAGUGUUAGAAAGUAGAUUAAAAUUUUAGUUCAUGGUACAUAGCUAGUGUGAAGUUCAUAGUACUUAGUGUUUAGAAUAAAAAGCAGAGACAGCCAUCACCCCACAACAGAUAAUUCAGGACC